CCUGCCUUUAGGGGAAACCAGAGCUGUGGAGCAGGGAGUGGUUUGUGAGCACGACUCCCUCCCUGCACCUUGUUUUCCUUUAAGUCGGGUCUUUUGAGGUCCAACAGCAGGUUCAGCCUGCAGAAGUCCAGCAGGUGCGUGAGAGACGAAACACUUCAGGUCCAAGUGGAGCGGACUUUUAAUAGAUGACUCGUUAGACAUGCUGGAUCCAGGAGGGAGUGAAACCAGAGCUCUUCUGUCAAUGGGGACCAACUACAUGAACGAUAAAGGUUUUCUUACGUCUGAUCCCAGGCCACCACAUUAUUUCCAAAAGAGAAACACCGUGAAAGAACUUCUGAUGAUGAAACGCCAGAAAUGGAACUGCUCACAAGACAGCAACAACAACGUGGAGCAUAGAUUUAAGAUCGCAAAAUCUGAUGGCUUCUCCCCCGACUUCAGCCCACAUCUGUUUGAACCUCCGACACAAGUAAACUCCAGUGUGACGAAUGAAUACGCUCCUGAAAACGAUCACAUCACCCGACAACAAGUGCAGCGUCCAGCUCUGCAGGAACAAGUCUCUCCAACCUCGGAGGUCAACAUGACUUUAUUUCACUGGCAGAUACAGCAAGAGACUCGGAGGGUCGGAGGGAUUUCUCCUGAGCUGCUGAGCGCCCAGGAUGGAGAUGGUGACACGUGUCUUCACAUCGCGGUGGCUCAAGGUAAACGUGCUCUGGCUUAUGUGCUCGCCACAAACAUGGCACGAUGCGGCUCGCUGGACACGAAAGAACACAAUGGACAGACCGCUCUUCAGAUAGCCGCGGCCGCCAAUCAGCACUUGAUUGUCCAAGACCUGCUGGGACACGGAGCGCAAAUCAACACCCGAGACCUCUGGGGACGCUCCCCGCUGCAUGUGUGUGCCGAGAAAGGACACUUUCUUAGUCUUCAGAGCAUCUGGAAAAUCCUAAUGAAGAGCGGGCAACCGAUCGAUGUUGAAAUACUCAAUUAUGAUGGUUUAACUCCGCUUCAUGCAGCAGUCAUGUCUCACAACGCUGUUGUUAAAGAGCUGAGGCAUCUGGAAAAUCCCUGUUUGUACAUGACAAAGGAGAUGGUGCAGAGGAAGCGGACGUACGUUGAAUGUAUCAAGAUUCUGCUUCUCAUGGGCGCCUCCGUCGGGUCAAAGGAUCUGAAAAGUGGACGGACGUGUCUUCACAUGGCUGCCGAGGAGGCAAAUGUGGAGCUGUUCAACAUUUUACUCGACCAGCCAACUUCGCUGUCAAUUGUAAACGUUAAGACGUUCAGUGGGAACACAGCCCUGCACAUCGUCAGCUCUCUGCAAAAUCACAGAAGUCAAGAAGAAGCGGUGAAGCUGCUGAUGAGAAAAGGGGCGGACCCCGGGACCAGGAACUUUGAGAACGACCUGCCGUCCCAGCUGACGCCUGAAGGACUCACUGGUGAAAAGGUGCGUCUGAUCCUGAAAGGGAAGUAUUGUCACGUUUAGGUGAAGCUCAAAAACACUGUCAGUCAGACAGUCCGGUCUAUCGAUGUAGAAUUUGCCAAAACAAGGCAGAUUUUGGUUGUUUCAGUGAAACAUGUCAAAUUGUUCGUUACCAUGUAACGUCCAAAGAAAAGAGAGUUUUUUUUUAUCAGGUGAUGUUUUGUGAUUUCUGAUAAAUUCCUUUCGAUUUAUGGAUUCAGUCAUGUUGUUUUGUAAUUGAGAGAUUUCACUGUUAUGUCUUUUGUAUAUUUUCCACUGAUUUAGAUAAAUGUAGGUAUGGUCAUGGUGUAUAUUACUAUACUUGGAAAUGCAUUAAUAGUUGACAUAUUGUGAUAUAUUCUGCUAAGGUCACUGUGUAUUGAGGGUGUCUAACUUUUAACUAGUAGUUUUGAUUUGUUUUUUGAUUGUUUACUUUUCCUGUAUGUGUAGAUGUGUUUGAGGUCAUGAGUUGUGUUUUCAUGCCAGACAUCUUAAUUUCCCUUUGUCACACAUGCCCGACUGUAUCUGGAGGCUGAGUGAGCACGAUGAUUGGCCAAUUAAACAAUUAACUGGAACAAUAUUUUGGGAUCAAAGUAGAAAUGAUGACAUCAAUUUUCAUCUCACAUGAAAGACACAUUUCUUCAACAUUUUGGCUCAAUAAAAACUAAAAUGAAU